GCUAUCGUAGAAGACACUCCACCGCUUUCUCGCCAACACACCACAAUACUACCCAUCAUGGACCACGGCGGGAUGGACAUGGGCGACGGCCCUUCCUGCAAGAUCUCCAUGCUCUGGAAUUGGUACACCGUCAACGCCUGCUUCCUCACCUCCUCAUGGCACGUCACCUCCAACGGCAUGUUCGCCGCCUCCUGCAUCGGCGUCGCCUUCCUCGUCGUCCUCCUCGAAGCACUCCGGCGCUUAGGUCAAGACUACGACGCCCUCAUCCACGCCAACUUCCGGCGUCGUGCAGCCCAACUUCAAGCGAGGUACACCUCCUUACCGCCGUCUGGUCCACAAGACUGCUGCGGUUCAGCCGCCGCCAACGCUCCACCAUCGUAUCCGGCUCAGACAUUCUUGACGUUCCGACCGAGUCCACUACAGCAGACGAUCAGAGCGGUCAUUCACAUGCUGACAUUUGGAGUGGCGUAUAUUGUGAUGUUGUUGGCUAUGUACUUUAAUGGAUACAUCAUUCUUUCGAUCUUUCUGGGAGCAGGGUUGGGGAAGUUUCUGUGUGAUUGGAGGGUCGUGAAGAUUCCGUUGGUGGUGGUCGGCGGGCAGGAGGAUGAUGCUGCGAAGGGAGGUGUGGGGAAUGAGAAUCUGACCUUUUGCUGUAAUUGA